CCGUCUUGGACAUUUCACCCCCCUGGUGUUCGCACAUUUGAUAGUGCUCCUUAUUUCAAUCUCUUAUAUGACGAUGGGUGACAUGAUAUAUGAGGAACUGGAAGAUUUGAUGCAUUUUUCGGUCCACGAUUUGCCAGGUCGGGGAUAUUCUGUUAUGGAGGAGAUAAGAAGACAAGGGAAACUGUGCGAUGUCACCCUUAAGAUUGGAGACCACAAGUUCAGCGCCCACCGGAUUGUGCUUGCUGCUUCCAUCCCAUACUUUCAUGCUAUGUUCACCAAUGACAUGGUAGAGUGCAAGCAAGAUGAGAUUGUCAUGCAAGGAAUGGACCCUAGUGCCCUAGAAGCUCUAAUCAACUUUGCAUAUAAUGGGCAUGUAGCCAUUGACCAACAGAAUGUCCAAGUCCUCCUGAUUGGAGCCAGCUUCCUGCAGCUCCAAAAUGUUAAGGAUGCUUGCUGCUCUUUCCUACAAGAGAGACUUCAUCCUAAGAACUGUCUUGGAGUACGGCAAUUCGCAGAAACCAUGAUGUGCACCACACUGUAUGACACAGCCAACAGUUUUGUUCACCAGCAUUUUGUGGACGUGUCCAUGUCAGAGGAGUUCCUUUGUCUCCGGCCAGAGGAACUGUUGGAGUUGGUAGGCUGUGACGAGCUGAAUAUCAAAGCAGAGGAGCAGGUGUUUGAAGCCGUUCUAGCAUGGGUACGUCAUGAAUGUGUGGAGAGGGGGUCUCUGUUGCCAGAACUGCUCUGCAAGACCCGGCUGCCUCUUUGUCGACCCCAGUUCCUGGCUGACCGGGUCCAGCAAGAUGAGUUGGUGCGCUCCUGCCACAAAUGCAGGGAUCUUGUUGAUGAGGCAAAAGAUUUUCACCUCAUGCCAGAGCGGCGACCUCAUCUUCCACCCUUUAAGACACGGCAAAGAUGCUGCACCUCUAUUGCAGGGUUAAUUUAUGCCGUAGGCGGACUCAAUACUGCAGGUGAUUCAUUGAAUGUAGUUGAAGUGUUUGACCCCAUUGGAAAUUGCUGGGAACGAUGUCAGCCAAUGAAAACGUCACGAAGUCGAGUAGGUGUAGCAGUUGUGAACGGCUUGCUUUAUGCUAUUGGAGGAUAUGAUGGUCAGUCCCGGCUGAGCACUGUGGAGGUCUACAACCCAGAAACUGACACAUGGACACGUGUUGCCAGCAUGAAUAGCCAACGAAGUGCAAUGGGAACAGUUGUUGUGGAUGGUCAUAUAUAUGUCUGCGGAGGCUAUGAUGGUAAAUCUUCUCUCAACUCUGUGGAGUUCUACUCUCCAGAAACAGACAGGUGGACGGUAGUAACAGAGAUGAAUGCCAGUCGCAGUGCAGCAGGGGUGACAGUCUUCGAUGGAAGGAUUUUUGUAUCUGGAGGACAUGAUGGUUUACAAAUCUUCAAUACGGUGGAAUUCUACAACCAUCACACCGCUCUUUGGCACCCUGUGGCUGGGAUGAUGAACAAGCGCUGUCGUCACGGGGCCGCUGCCCUGGGAAGUCACCUAUACGUGGCAGGAGGUUACGACGGCUCCGGUUUCCUGAGUGGGGCAGAGGUGUACAGCUCUGUGGCCGACCAAUGGAGCCACUUGGUGUCCAUGAACACACGGCGCAGUCGAGUGUCAUUGGUGGCCAACUGUGGAAGACUUUACGCAGUUGGUGGUUACGAUGGACAGUCAAAUCUGAGUUCGAUAGAGAUGUAUGACCCUGAAUCUAACCGUUGGACUUUCAUGGCACCCAUGGUUAGUCAUGAGGGUGGGGUAGGGGUGGGUUGUAUACCCCUUCAGCCUGCCUAACCCAGCAAUUCACCGAAAUGAGCCUGUAGUUUUAUUUUUGACUGGGUUAAAAAAAAAAAACUUUGUAAAGAUCCAUGAACAAGGAUGAGGCAGCUAUGCUCUGUGUACAAGGUACUACAGAUCCAGUCGUGCUUCACAUUCUAAGCCUGCUAUGCCAAUACCACUGAAAUGGUAGUGGUGAAUAAGUGCAUACAUUAUAUGAAUGAACAAGCCUGGGUUUUAUGAUCAUGUCUGAAGGUUUGGUGGUUUUUUUAGUUCCUCUCUGUAACUGGAGUGAUUUAAACAAACAGAAUGGGAGGUAGACAGAUGUUUGAACAGGACUUCAGAUAUAAUAUUCACCUACAGGUACAGCGACAGGUUAUUGUGGCAAUUUGGCAGAGCUGGAAAAAAUGAGUUUUGUUAUUAUUUUAGUGCAGGGCAACCACAUACUUUCAAGUUGUGUUUGCUAGAGGACGUAGUUUAAAUAGUCUUUAAACUGGGAGAAAAUGAUGUGAAUUCAGAAUUGAGUACAUUGGUAUCGGCUACAGUUAGGUGUAGGGGCCAAAAUCAAGCACAUACUUGUGGUAAAAAGUCCAUGUAGCUAAUUAUACCUAUGUUAGGUAAUUUGCGCAAUGUAAUAAAGUCAUUUAUUCAGUGCUCAAAAUGCGACAAAAUAUUAUAGUUUAUUCACAUCUGGUUUUGAACAAAUGUAACCUUUCUGAUCAACUGGUGGAAAGUAGCAUCUUUGUGACGUGUUUUAGUCUAAUUUCUUUGAUAACCAGUGCAAAUGUGCAAACUGUGUACAAGUUGGGAAAGCUGCUUAUCUUCUUCCAGUUUGUCGUCCAAUGUAGGGCUCGAACUAGGAAUAAUCUAAUUGAGCUAUGUUGUGGUGCUCAAAACGUCUUAAUUGGCAAUUGUGAUGUUUUGUUGUGUAGAAAAUCGGUAGCCACCUGUAUUCCAUGUUCCAAACAAAAUGUGGCUUUGGUGAGCAGCAAUGCUGUUUUUGCUUACACGUUAACUAGGAUGUGGGGGACAAAAUAUUAUUGUGGCUUGAUUAAAAUAUUUAAUACAAA